ACUUGUUAUAUCAUAUAACAGGUUUCUUUGAUCAAUAAGACCUAAUGUUACUAGUAACAGGUCUCUUAUGUGGAAAUUGAUGGUGGGAAAAAAAUAAAGUGACCUGUUGUUAUCUUUAACAGGUCUCUUUGUAUAAUAUUUUUUUAUUUAUUAAAAAUAUAUUAGAAUAUUAUAGUAAUAGAAUCAUAUUUCAAAAAAAUAAAAAAUAAAAAAAAACCUAGUAUUAGAAUUAGGCUACCUUGUUUAAAAAAAAAAAAAAAACUCCUAUUUAUCGCCCCAAUCUAGCCUGAGUCACCUCUCAGGCUCUCACCUUGACUCACUGCCCCCUCCGUCGUUUCCCACACUGCCGCCGUCUUACUCUCACCGCCGCUACUCUCCGGUGUUCCUCUCUAGUGUCGGUAUGGUUCUCCCCUCACCCGAAGUUUCUUUCCUACACAACCCGAAGAUUGCCAUCUCCCUCUCGAACCUCCGGCGACUUCCACAUACAACGCGACCCUAACCUCUGCCGGCGGCGACUACCGAUUCCAUUACUCCCCUCCUAUACUCGAAGCUUCCCCCACCCAAAGCUGCCAUCAAUACCCUUUUCCCCAUAUUAAUUUUUUUUCCUAGGGUUUAUCGGCUUCUCUCCUCUUUCGAUUGCUGGAUGGGCUUCUUUAUUUGACGAAGUAAAAUUUUAAGUUAGAGAUAGAAAUCAUACACUCAGAUCUUGGUAUAGUUUCAGAAUUUGGAUUCUUCAGAACCAUCAUCGCAUAGACAAUGGGCCGGAGGAAGGAUUUGUUUUUGAGGUACUCUGAAAAGCACUUUAAUGGUAUGAAUGAAUAGGUAUGAAUAAUUGAGUAUAUGUUUUUGAAUUUAAAUUAAUUUGUUGAUUUUAAUAUAUGAUUAUUUACGAGGGUUGUUCUCUGUUUUUGAAACACUAGUUUAGUUGUUUCUCUGAGUUUCAUCAAUUUGAUGUAGGCUGCGAAAGUCAUAUGCUCCUAGAUCUUGAGUUUUUGAUUUUGGUGGAAUUGCAGUGUGAUUGCUGUUAAUUUGUGUGCUUAUUUUGAGGAAUUGAACUAUGUAGUUGAUAUUAUUUGAAAAUUUUGAUCCUUCAACUUGUUAAUUGUAUUCAAAUUCUGACCAUUGAUUUGGAAAACGAUGAUUAUUCUUAUGUAAUUGAGCUGUUUUCUAUCAAAUUUUGGAAAUAUGAAGUUUUUCUAUGUGGGUAUUUCUGGUGUUGAUGGAAUUCGACUAGGUUGCUACAAGAUUUUGGUUUUUUUUGGAAUUUCAACUAUGAACUUUUUCCUUAAAUUUAUUUACAUAGUUUUAUCCAAUGUAGGCUGCAUAAACAGCGAAAUGUUCCACAACUGUCAAAAUCAUGUGAUGAUAUCUUUGGAGGUAGAAAUUGUUUUAACUGCGCAUCCCACACAGAUAAAUAGGCGCUCCUUACAAUACAAGCAUAUAAGAAUCGUUCAUCUUCUAGAGUAUAAUGAUAGACCUGACCUUGGUCAUAAAGAUGGAGAGAUGCUAAUUGAAGAUCUGGUAAGAGAGAUAACAUCAGUUUGGCAAACAGAUGAGCUUAGAAGGCAUAAACCUACUCCGGUAGAUGAAGCUAGGGCAUGUAAUCUUUCUUAACCUUUUGAUACUUGUAAGUUGUAACUAAUGUAAUCAUGCAUUUCAGAAUUUCCUUUUCUUAAUUGUGGAUUGUUCUGCACGUUUACAUAUUGUUGAGCAAUCUCUUUGGAGAGACAUUCCUCACUAUCUGCGCCGUGUUAUUAAUGCCUUAAAGAAGGUCUGUUUCCAUGUGAAUUGUCUCUACCUUUUCCUUAUAGAAGAUGUCUAACUGUUUCUUAUGUUUGUGUUUUUAUAUGUAAUGCUUCUGUAGCACACUAGUAACGCACUUCCCUUGACAUGUACGCCCAUAAAGUUUGGUUCAUGGAUGGGAGGUGAUCGAGAUGGAAAUCCUAAUGUGACUACCAAGGUAAGGUUACAUUAUCUUGACAGUAAUACUAAUGUGUUUAGUUGUAUGAAUAAAAGUCACCAGCUCUAGAAUAUUAUACAUUUUUCCAGUUGGUUAUGUGCUUUUGAUAUGAUUUCAUACGUGUAUCAAUUACCAUAUAGUGGCAAAGAGGAUUAGAGCUAUUUAUUGAUAUUUUCUACUACAAAACAUGUAAGGUCCCCAGUCAAUUAACCUCCAAAUCCUGUAAGCCCACUUUUACCCUGUAAUUAGUUUUAUCUACUGAUAUUACUGAUGUGUAAUUUAUUCGUUUUAAAAUUUCAUCUUUUUUCUGUUCAUACAUCAUGCUCAACGUUUUCCUUACGGAGAUUUCAUUGUCUUAUUCAUGACUUCGUUAUCACUUGUGUACUGCAUUGGUUGUUACAGGUCGGUGCAAGAAUCUAGCAAGAAAGGUGUUCUUCCUAGCAAACCAGUUCCUGAUCAGGGAGUGAGUAUUCAGGGUGUUGAUGUUCUUGUGGCCUGCGUGGGGUUUAGUGUUGUUCUUCUUAGACUUUUGAAGCUGCUGCUGCUGUUGGGCUGCCUAUUCCUGGGGUGUUGUUGUUUUACUUUUGGUGUAGCUGCUGCUGGUGCCUAACGUUAAUGAGUAUGGUUUAUAUUUUUGGAGAAUAAAUAGAGUAUUUUUAGAUGUUUUUGUAUAGUAUUUUUGAAGGUUACAUUUGAAUUUUUAUUAAUGAAUGUUUGUAAAAGUGUUUAUCCACUUAAGUUUAAUAAAAAAAAAAUUAAUAGAAGUUUAAUAAUAUAUUAUACAUAGACAUUAUGAGAUUAUGGAAUAAUUGCAAAAUACAGGUACAUGAAUACUAUAUAGGUACCCUACAGGAACAAAUAUUGUAUAGGGUAUCAAAUUUUGUUUUUUUUUUUUUAUAAAAAAUUAAAGACAUAAGAGACCUGUUAUCUCUC